AAAACAGUGGUGAAAAUUUUCAUGGCAGCAGCAGCAAGCAGUAGAGUGUAGUUGAGAAUCGCGAGUGCUGCCUAGUUUUUCGCUAACUUUCGGUAGAAAAUGUAAUCCAGUCAGCUUGUGUUAAGGUUCUUCUGGUGGCAAAUGAUGUAAUAGACCAACUCCGAAUAAUAAUGUGUUCGGAAGUAUAGUGUUUCCGGAAGAUAAGAAGAAAGAUUUUGAUUGCAUUGAGUGCAGGCCCACGGCUUUGCGUCGUCCAAAGCCAUUCCCCCUUGCAGAGUCUGUGCCCACGGUCUUCUUGAUUUACGUGAAUGGAACGAACGAAAAUCAAUUUGAGGAAGCAGGAAAAAAGCUCAUUUAAUGGGUGUGUUGGUACAUCAGGAUUUUUUUCAUUCGCAUGUUUCAUAGCUCCGGGCGGAGAUUAUUUUUGUGGUUCGUGAUAAUUGAUACGCAAUGUUUCGGUGAAAAGUAAAUCCAAAUUGAAAUAAGUGAAUUAAAAGUAUCCUGAAAAAAACCAAGUGGAAGAACAGUUUUAUUUUCCGACGCAGAAUAGAAUGCAAUCCGGUUUUCCGAUAUAUGAAUCACAAGAAAGAUGCUGAAAACAAACUUACGGAAGUAAAACUAAAAACACUAUCAUGAAUAUGAUGAUUGGUGCGUGAGAGUUAAUUGCGAUUGAUGUGAUGUAGUGCAGAUAAUCAUGCAAUUUCAACGAAAACGAGAGUAACUGAUUGCAUCCCGGAAGGUUGAUUUACUUUGUAGCAUCAGAUAACAGCUCAUGUUUCAUAUGAGAAAAAAUAUCCGAAAGAACGAGUUAAAAACUACGUAAAGUAACACUCCUCGGGAGGGGACGAUUCCUCACUGACGAGUGAAACAUUCGAUGGAUUUCUUCCAAGGGAUUUGGUAGCCAUCCGGUCUGGGACAUCCACCGCACACUCGAUAAUAGUCAGUGUCUGCUGUUUGAACAGAACACGCUGAGAGUCGCUGACAGCUGAUCGUUUGUGCCGUCCGGAAUAAUAGUGCUGGCGAACCUUAGUGGCCCUUCUCGCAAACAAGUGUGUGCGUGCGUGUUUAAGAUCCGCCGCCCGCUGGGGGGCGGGCGUGGAAUAAUAAGUGAGCUGUCUGUCUGCCGGAAGACGCCUUGGCGAAUAGUGGCACGCGUUGUCGUCUCCUGCGCAUCAUCGCGAAUCGAUUAGGCAACCGCGACGAAGCGCGAGUGCGCGCACCCUAGUUCCAAAUUUGGGAGCAGUCACAUAAUUUACACACAAUACAGCCAAGCGGUCGUUAACGAAAGGGCCGCUGCAAAUUUCAUAAGAAGCUAGAAGUGCGCAAAUCCCCGUGGUAAUGGUAGGCGAGUGACGUGGUUGAACCCCAUAUGAGCACAUAUAGUGGACGUAAUUAUGACUAACAGUGUUGGCACGCGUUUAAAUGGAUCGAGUUUGGAGAAUCAAUUAAGGAAUAAAUAAACACUUUUUGACGCUGGAGUACUGUUGAACCCUGUGAGGUUUGCGAUGUCUUCUUCAAUGAACGGGAAAAUGGCCACCGGAAAAAUGAGCACUGAUGAUAUCUACGAAAAUUUGCCGUGCCACGAGCGAAUGAGGAAUGGUGACGCGGUCGGGGUAACGCCAAGUGCUCCAUUCAUAAGCAGUGAUGAGAGUGCCUCGGGUGGUUUCCAACCGCAGCAGCAGCAGCACCAACAGCAGCGGCAUCAUCAGAAGGAAGGCACCGAAAACAACAACAAGAUACAGAACAACUUGGCCUUGAACAGUAAGGACAGCCUGUAUGCGACCCCGUUGAAAAAAUCCGAACGCCUCAAGCCGUCGGGGCAAGGGGCAACACCAAAGGGGCGACCGAUUGCGACGACGCGUACCGGCGUUGUCACGAAUAUGGACGACAAUUUGAAUAACAGCAACUGUAGUGAUCGCGAUGUGAAAAUCAUCAAUGCAGAGCUGGAGGACAGGCGAAUACGGGAUUUUCUGAAGGACACCACGCAAAUGCACAAAAAGAUUGAACUGCACAAAGAGUACCAGAGCUCGAAUUUUUCCUACCUCGCAAGGAAGGAACAUUUUGCGAACUUGGUCCAACAGAAUGUGCACAAGGAAUCGGCGAAAGAUACUGGCUCCCAGCAAGAGGAGAUUCAGAGCUCUCUUUUGGGUUACAAAACGUUGGCAAACGAAGAGGAGGACAAAAAUUUGGACUUGGAAAUAAACGAAUCCCUAGAUGAGCUAGAGGCUAGAUGUAACGAGAAGUUAGAAAUGCUGACCAACUUACACCGCAAUCGAUCCAUCGAAAGAAGCCAGGAAGAUAACGAACAACUAGAUUUGGAACAACCGCAAGCGUUGAAUCCUCCUCUCCUCGGCCAGAAACCUAUGCAAACUGCCACUUCUAACCAGCUGCUGAACGGAAAAGAUUCCAAACAGAACAGUGUGGGCAGAAACGGGCGAACGCAAGCGGACACCACGCUCCGUUCGGAAAUCAACGCCUAUCUCAACCGUGAGUGGGUGUUUAAGAAGAUCGCCAUGUGCUUGGAGCAGAGAGCAUCGAAGAAACCUAUUCCUGUUCCACCCACGCUCGGUCCGGAGGGAGCGGAAUGUGUGCUGCCGUCUGGGAAUGGAUUUUUCCCCCGGGCAACCUCCACUCAUCAGGCGGCAAAUAGAGGAGGCAUCGAUUUGCCAUCGCUUGGCUAUCUCGUGCUUGGUUCGAAUGGCUCCGGCAAAACGUCCAUUUGCAACGAUAUAAUCGAGGGUACCUCCGGUACCAGAGGCAUGCUGAAUCGGCGGCUGCUCGCGUGUUACUUCGUAAACUCGCAGAAUCCCGAGUGUCACAGUCUCAGCAUGUUUAUACGCAGUAUUAUUCUACAAAUUCUAAGUCAUUCGAGCUUUGUGUGUAACGGCAAUACGGCGGCAGCAUGCGCUUCUAACAUAACGACUAAUUCAAAUGAUCUCACCGCUAAUGAACUCGUAGCUUCCGCACAGGAGAAAACCGUGAUAAGUAGCAACGAAGCCCUCCCAGAGGCUGAUCAGCAGCAGCAACAGCAACAAUCAGCUGUGGCUGGUGGAGUGGCCAAAAUCGACGAAAAAGAUAUAGAAUACGAUAAGGAACUGGAGGCUGUGAUUCAGUCGGAAAUCAAACUCAACGAAAGGGUGGCCGAGUUCUGUUCGAAAAAGAAAGUCUGCCGGCAGCAGUCGGAACCUGCGGAAAGUUUGAGUCGGGAGAAGGAAGUACUCGGCUAUUCGUAUACUACCCAUCCGCCCCUGUUGAAAAAUGUGUCUGCCUCAAAAAGUGCUGAUGUCGAGAAGCGAGAUAAGGUUGUGAGCCCAAACAAGUCGUCCAAAGCUUCUAAGAUACCGGUACCGAUUGGUAGCAGUGCUCGAUCGCCAACAAAAAUUGCUGUCCCGGACGAUUGCCCCAAACAGGAAACCGAAGAUGAGGAAAUUUUAGAUGGGGGUGGUGAAGGAAUAGCUGACCUUUCCGAUAUCAAGCUCGACGAAGAUAUUACCCAGGAGUUGAACGAAGAUGUAACCGUGGAACUGAAUGAGCAACCAGUUACAGAUACGACCGAAGAAGUAUUGAUAGUGGAAUCAACUUCAACUUCUAAAUUGCCAGAUUCAAAACCGCCCUCAGUCGCGGAAACGAUUACAGUGGAUCGCAACAUCCCACCACCACUACCCAGGUCGAAAAAUUGUCGUCAGGUGAUUGCCGAUGGGUACUACGAGAUGUUGUUAAGCAAUCCGGAUAUCUUUGAAUCCAUCACCGUCGACAGUAUUGAAAAAAAUCCGGACGACUGUUUCAAAAAAGCAAUAUUGUUUCCCUUGUUGGAGCUUAACCCGCCUAAGAAUGCCUUGCUGCUGCUGAUUGAUUCGAUCGAUGAAAACUACAUCCAGGAUGGUAAUUUGAUCUCAACCCUGAAGGGUAAACAGGUUUCUAAGAGUCGAAACAUAGCCGAACUAUUGUCGAAUCACAUUCAUCUAAUGCCCAAGUGGUUGUUUAUGGUUUGUACCGCCAAAAAGCAAAACAAAAACAUUACCAAAUUGUUCACCGGAUUCAAGAAGCUCACGUUGGACGAUUUGCGCAAAAGCCAUGUAGUGAAGGACGUUCAACAGUACAUCAUCAAUAGACUGAAUACGGAUUUCCGUGGAAUUAACCUGACCAAAGAUAUUAUAGAAAGUUUGAAUCAGCUCUACAUCAAAUCGAACGGUUGUCUACUCUACCUGUACAAGGUGCUGACUGGGAUCAAGGAUAACUUCUUUACAUUUCGGGAAAUCAAACUGAUUCCCUGUACGCUCAAUGGCCUCUACCUGUACAUUUGUCAGAAAUCUUUCAACAAGAAACAAUACAAUCGAAUACGGCCUAUUCUUAACACCCUGCUGGUGUGCAACAAUUACGUCGACAAAUAUUUCCUCUUCAACUGUUUGCGCACUCACAACUACACCCUCGAGAUGGACGAGUUUGAGAAACGUCUAGAUCUGAUGCGGAACAUCGUUGAGUAUAGCCCUCGCAAUCCGUGCGCGCUCAAGAUCUUCCACAACUCGUUUUGUGAUUGGUUGAUAGAUGUCAAAUUCUCCACCAAGAAGUUUCUCUGCGACCUCAACGAGGGCCACGUUAUGGUCUCAAUGUACUAUACGAUGGUUGCCGACCAGCUCUGUCCGAAUAAGCUACGACUUUAUCUGUACCAUUUGAUCAAAACUGGCGAAUAUUUAACCAACAGAAACAUAAAUCUCGAUCUGCUGCUAAUCCUGUUAGAGACCAAGUCCAACCUGAGCGAUUGCUUCUACACCAAUCUGCUCAACUGUUGCGCCCUCUGUGAGGACGAGUGCAAGAACGACGUCAAUCUGGCCUCGCGGACGCGUGUGAUGCUGGAGCGUUACCUUAACGCGGAACUGAACGACGAAUUCGUCGGCUUCCUGAACGAUUUCUUCAAACCGAAUCUGCCGACCGACUGUAAGAUUCUCAAGUUGCUGAUAGAAACGGGCAUCAACAACGCAGACACGGUUUUAUCCUGUGAAUCGUCAGCCAUAAACUCGCCGGUGCUGUCCGAUCGCUCGCAAAACAUCGAUUCCGAGCUUGCGGAAUUGUUGAUCUCGAGCGAGAAAAGCUGCCAGCAGGAGUUGCAGAAAUCGAUCAAUCUGGAUCUGCAGUGUUCGGGAUCGUUGGCGACGGCGGCGACGGCAUCAGGGAUAGGAGCGGUCACAGUGGUUGACCGUUACGAGGUGCACGAGGCGGAACGAUCGGAAAGCGGUGUGGCCGGCGAUGGUGGCAGUGGCAUCGGGGACUCCAAGUCAGACAUUCAGAACGAUCGAGUGCAGUACGAUAUAUUCGAUGCCGAGCUGCACAAGGGCAAAGCACUGAUUCAUAUACUGGCGAACGAGGGCAACCAUACCCUGCUGGAAAGGGCGCUGAAUGCUUGCAAGGACCCGAUCGAUCUGGAGAUAGAAGAUCUGAACGGGCAGACGGCGCUCAACAUUGCCGCCCGCAAUGGGCAUCUGGAGAUCGUGAAACUGUUGCUGCACUACAAGCAACCGCUGAACGAUGGUACCGGCCGGUUCCGGAAAAUCGACGUCAAUCACGCGGACCGUGACGGCUGGACUCCGCUGCGGUCGGCGUCCUGGGGUGGCCACACGGACGUGGUGAAGCUACUGAUCGAGAGCGGUGCUUGUGCGAUCGAUCGGGCCGACAAGGAGGGCCGGACGGCGCUGCGGGCAGCAGCCUGGAGUGGCAACGAGGAUAUCGUGAAGAUUUUGAUCGAGGCGGGUGCGAAUGUGAACUCGAUCGACAAGCAGGGCCGAACGUCGCUGAUUGCUGCCUCCUAUAUGGGUCACUAUGAUAUUGUGGAGAUUCUGUUAGAAAGCGGAGCGGAUGUCAAUCAUACGGAUCUGGACGGUAGAAAUGCGCUCUGUGUUGCCGCACUUUGUGGAAGUUCGGGCUACAGUAAGGUGAUAUCGACGCUGCUGGAGUACGGAGCGAAUACCGGUCAGACCGACAACGAAGGGAUGUCCCCGCUGCUGGUCAGCUCUUUCGAAGGGAAUGCAGAAAUUUGUGAGCUCUUGUUGGAGAACGGGGCGGACCCGGAUAUGGCAGAUCAUAUGGGCAGGACGCCACUGUGGGCGGCUUGCACCUCGGGCCAUGCUAAUGUUGUGAAGCUUCUACUCUUCUGGGGUUGUGGUAUCGACUGUAUGGACUCGGAAGGUCGCACCGUACUGAGCGUGGCGGCUGCCCAGGGUAAUCUGGAGACUGUUCGACAACUGUUGGAUCGUGGGUUGGAUGAAACUCACCGAGAUAAUGCAGGCUGGACGCCACUGCACUACGCCUCGUUCGAAGGGUACGCUGACAUUUGCGUUCAACUACUGGAAUCAGGCGCUAAAAUAGACGAAUGUGACAACGAAGGUAAGGCCGCUUUGCAUCUGGCCGCCCAAGAGGGUCACAAUGCGGUGAUAGAAGCUAUUUUGCACAUUCAUCGGCCUUGUAUUGACCAACGAGCUCACGAUGGGAAGACAGCUUUCCGGUUGGCGUGUCUCGAGGGUCAUUUUGAGUGUGUCCAGACGCUGUUGAAGUUUGGUUGUGACGUGAACUCGAAGGAUGCAGACUCGCGCACUACGUUGUACAUUUUGGCACUGGAAAACAAACUAAAGGUUGUAAAGUUCCUUCUGGAAUACUCCAACGUGGACGUAAACAUUCCGGACAGCGAGGGACGAACGGCACUACAUGUGGCCUCCUGGCAGGGCCACGCGGAAAUGGUGAAACUGUUGAUAACUUUGGGUAAUGCCGACGUCAAUGCAAUGGAUCUGGAGUCGCGAACACCGUUACAUUCCUGCGCUUGGCAGGGCAAUCAUGAGGUGAUGCAGCUGUUGCUCUACUAUGGUGCCAUUCCGGAUCAUGCCUGCAAGCAGGGUGCGACGGCGCUAGGAAUAUCGGCACAGGAAGGGCACGAGAAAUGUGUCACCUAUUUGCUCAAGUACGGUGCGAAUCCCUACAAGUCGGACCACUGCGGUCGGACGCCAAUCAAACUCGCCGCCAAAUCCAACCGAAAUAAUGUGCUUAGGAUAUUGGAAAACUAUACCAAAAAUGAUUUGGACGGGGGCAAAAUGGUUCAUCAAAAUUUGAACCUCAAAUCACCGGAUGAGCUACCGCCAUCGGCCUCGAUCCACAAUCCGUCGCCUUCGGGACCUUUCCCGAAUCCGAACCUAUUGAUGCCAAACAACUCAAUGAACGCGACGAGCUCCUCCACCCAGAAUAGCAACUUCUACGAAAACACGAUGCAAUCGGACAACAGCAGCCUGCAGAAGCGGAAAAGUGUGAUUUCUAGUCAGUCUACUGGCAGCAGUAAUGAGCAAGCGCCAAUGUCUUUUACGCAGCAGCUGCAGAAGCACUCGCGGCAUCACAACUCAAAGUCACAUCACAUUGUGCAGCAGCAACACCAGCCACAGAAUCAAGCUAGUGGCGGCACGAACAAGUACGGUGCUAAGAAGCAUGCCCAAAUCCUACCAAACGUAGAGGAAUACCAGACAAAUGUUGCAUCGAACAUCCGAAUGAAUCAAAAUGACGCGGAUUUGUUCGAUCUGGGUUGUAUGUCUCCGCUGUAUGCGACGCCGCCCCAUUCGCCCAGCAGCGACGUGAGUUCGCCGGGCCAGAAUCAGCCUCCAUCGUCGCUUGCUCUGCUGGGAAAGCAGUUCGAGGAAAUGAAUAUUAGCCUGUCCAACAACAGUACGAUUGUGAAUCAGGCCGACAAUCAUUUUGCCAGGGAUACCCAUAUGAGAAUCAUCCUGGGGAAUAACCAAAAAGAGCAGCAACAAGGAGGAAAAUCGUCCAAACGCAGCGGAAUCGCAACCAACCCGGCGAUGCGGUUGAUCCGUAAUCGCAUCGAUUCGGCCGCUCAACUUAUCCGGCGAACGAACAACAUGCUGAGCAGUGGCGGGGGCGGCCAGGGUUCGUCCAGUAUUGGUGUCAAAUCUGGCACUUUCCAGUGGCGGAAGGAGAGUCAGAUGUAAGCGAGGCUUACAACGAUGCGUCUUCACCGAAUGAAGAAGAUGGUGUAGGAAGAGGAUGAUGCCAUAUAUAGCUAGCGCGGAAGUCAGGUACGAAGAAAAUGUGAUUUUUUUCAUCUCUCGAAAACGCCGAAUGAUUCAUGUGUGCCGUAUAGUUGAAUGGAAAACGAAACUGUUACAGAAAUGCUUGUGAGAGAAAAGGCACUUAAUCUCAUUUGAAACAUAAUAUGCUGAAUGAGACUUAAAAUUCGACUAAAAAUCAAUCAACUUAUGUACCCGAAGUACCUAAUAAUGCUAACGUUGGAAAAAAGUAGAUAACAUGCACCAAUAUUGUUAUACUACAACACACACUGCUUUAGAAUAGCAUUUAGUGCGUAGCCGUCCCGUGGAACGUGAUCUUGACUCGGUGUUCUUUUUUUCUGUUCAGUUACUGGUUUUAUUUUACAUCUUAAUUUUUUAUUUGUUAUUUUCAUAAUUGAUUAUCUGUGAUUUCCAAAAACGUUUGAAGAUACUGUCUGAUUUUUUAGAUUACCAUCAUUAGCAUUUAAAAUCCCCAUUGACAAGAUCAAGCUUUAUGUUUUACGUGUUUUGAAAAGCAGAACUGAAACGUCACGUCACUGGGACUUUCAAUCAAUCUCUUCUCUGAACAACUCUGGUACAUAAGAUAAAACGCCGAAUGCGGUAUAAUAAUCAGUGAAUCAAAUAUUUUACUUAAAAACAACCUAAAUGAAAUCUAAAAGCAAAAAAAUAAAUAAAAUGAAAGCAGCGAUAAAUAAAAGGUGUGUGUGGCCCUUUGUGAGAAGAAUCGACGGCUGAGGAUAGACAUUAAUGAAGCACACAGAAGACACAUCCACACUCACAGGUAUUUGAUGCUGAGACAGAAACAAAACAAAAAUAUUAAAUAUUUUACAAAACUAAACAAAAAACACAAGCAAACGCGGCAUGAAAAAGAAGCAUUUAAUUUUAGAGAUUAAAUUCCAUUAUCGGAUAAUCCUAUAUAAGUUAUUAUGCCGUACAACAUAUAUAUAUAUAUAUAUAUAUAUAUAUAUAUAUAUAUAUUUGAAAAAAGUGAGAUAAAUCAGCAAGUGUUUGCUGAUGAUGAAUGGAAGUAGUGUACUGGGAAGCAAAAUGAAACGAUUUUUAUAACGCCUUUUAUCUCUACUACACACUAUCGUUUAGAAACUUUUACGUAUUACGAUUAGUUUAACACAAAUCUAGUCCCAGAUCGAUCGUUUUUUUACGCGUAGAUUACGUUGUUUAUAUGAUAAUGUACAAAGCAUUUUUCGCUUUCACUAUUAUUAAUUUUUUAUCUGCGUACGUACACGAAUAUGAGCUGUUCCCCCAAAAAAGCACGGUUGCGCCGCCUCUCGUGUGGAAUUAUUUAUUGUCGCAGCAUUUAUUACUGUAUUUCUCCUUUAUAUGAAGUAUAAGACAGUAGAAACCCGAACUGAAUUGUGGAGUGUCAAUCAGUCAAAUGUAUUUAUUUUACUCGCUUUAAAAUAUUGGUUCGACAGGAUACCAAUUUUUUGGAAACACGUACGUUUUUGGUCGCAAUGAGAAGAGUGGAAGGAAAGUUGGAGGAUAUAGUAGAUGCUAGAGAAUAUAAAUUGAACAUAAUAGUA